AUGUCAGUUCUUCAAAGUGCAUCAUCAGCGAUAACACCAUUUUUUACGUCUUUAGCCUCAGGUGACGAUUCUUCAACAAGUACAACUUUUACAACAGGAGGCUCUACUAAACCUAUACUCGUUAACGAAAGUUGUUUGGAAUUUUUAAUGAUGGAGAUGGUUGAUUUAAUGUAUCGUACAACGGCUGAUUCAGAAAAUGAUAAAGAAUCAGUAUUUUAUAAAUUGGAAGUAUUGGGAUAUCAAGUUGGUCAAAGUUUAGUUGAAAGGUUUACAAGAGAUCGCCCGCGAUUUGUUGAUACUCUUGAUGUGGUUAAAUUUAUAUGUAAAGACCUUUGGACUAUAAUUUUCAAAAAACAAAUUGAUAAUUUGAAAACAAAUCACAGAGGUGUAUAUGUACUUCAGGACAAUAAUUUUCGAUGGUUUCUUAGAAUGUCUACUGAGGCUGGAGGUGCCGAAGCUGCAAAGAAAGCUGUGCCUUAUCUUUGGUUUCCGUGUGGUUUAAUCAGAGGUGCAUUGGCUAAUUUGGGUGUAGUUAGUGUAGUAAUCGCUGAAACUUCCCUUUUGCCACAAUGCACAUUUCAAAUUAAAAUCGCAAAAUCAUAG